AUGGAGGAAAGCGAAGCAGCAACACAAAAAAAGACUGUAGAUGAUGUUUGUGCGAAAGACCCCGCUGAAAAGCAGACCGGUGAAGCUACAGGAGACGUUUCCUCGCAGACGUCAGAGCCUGCAGCCGGUUGUGAGCCGGAGGCUCGAUGGAGCAGAUUGAAGCUGUUCGAUAAAGUGGUGCAGAAGAGCCUGGAUAAGUUCAUCGGCCAGGCGAGUUUUAACACAUUUGCCAAAACGUUUCGUCCACUGUACAAGAGCAACCCCCUGAGGAUGGAGAGCAUUCACAAGCAGUUCAUAGAGGAGCUGCGGAGGACUAUACAGGAGGACAUCAGCAGAUUGACUGAAGAAGGCCAGUUAGAGUCUAAACUAAACGAGCUGGACAAACUGGAGAGUGCUGCCAAGAACAAUCCAGACCCUGCAUGGCGGCCCAGUGGGAUUCCUGAGCAAGACUUUUGCAGCUUUUUGAAGCCAUACUAUAAAAAGCAGGAGGCCUACAUGCGACUGGAGCUGAAAAAGAUCAGAGCGGAGAACGCUGCCCUUGCGCAGCAGGUUCAGGCUGGCAGAGAGAGUAUUACUCAGACUGAACAUUGUAUUUCAACCACUGUUGAUGAGUGGAAGGCAUCUGUCACAGAAUUUGAAAGGCUGAAGUCUACUCUCUGCCCUUAUGGUGAUUCUGGUGUCUUUGAUGUGUGAUCUUCGAGUUCAAGUUAUUUUACCUGCAGAUGUAUGAACUGAAAAAAGAAAACAUGAUGCUACUACAGGCAGCUAGUUCCUGUGUUUACUAUAGUUGUCAGACACUUAUAAUAACAAUCUGAGCCUGUCAGCAGCAAAAACAAGCACCUUAGUGGACAUACUUUGACGGGCACAAAGGAUUACAUUGCAGCCUGUUUUGCAGCUGCUCACUGCAGAGCUCUCAUUCAAUACCGGACCAAUUCCAAAAAUUGUUGUCCCCCAUGGGAAAAUGGGGUACAGAUUGAAAAAUAAAUAAACUGUACAUAUUAA